CGUUACAGCACGAAGAGUUCACUAUUUUUUUCGUGUAAAAGCUUCUAAGCUAAGCCUGCAGCGAUAAUAGAUCUUUCCCUCUCUCUUUUACCCUGCUGUAAGCCUGUAACAUUUGUAGUGAUUCCCUCUAUCCAAAAACCCACCUCGAAUUUAGCCUCCCAUUUCAAUUUUUCAGUUCUUAGUCUCAAUUUUUUUUAUCUGGGUAUAACUAUUUCUUCAAUAAAUAAAUAAAUGAGGCGCCGAGGCUCAGAUUUUCGGCGACCAGUGAGGCGGCGAGUUUCGAAUGUAUUUUGGUUAUCGCUUUGUGGGUUUAUGAUUUUGCUCUUCAUUGUUUUGUUAGGCCAAGAGAAACCACCCACAUCGAGAUCGGCUCUUAUUAAGAGAUCUUAUAGACAUGACAGAAUCUUAGAAGGCCUUAAUAUCACUGAAGAAAUGUUAAGUCCCAACUCUGUCACUAGGCAACUUAAUGAUCAAAUUUCUCUAGCAAAGGCAUUUCUUGCCAUAGCCAAAGAAAGCAACAACCUCCAAUUUGCAUGGGAGCUUAGUGCCCAAAUCCGUAACUCGCAAAUCCUUCUCUCUGAUGCUGCUUUAAGAAGAAAUCCUUUGACUAUCAGUGAAUCAGAAAGUGCAAUUCGUGAUAUGGCACUUUUACUCUUCCAAGCCCAGCAUCUUCACUAUGACAGUGCAACCAUGAUCAUGAGAAUGAAGGCGAAGAUCCAGGGUCUUGAAGAACAGAUGAAUUCCAUUAAUGAGAAAAGUUCAAAGUAUGGACAAAUAGCUGCUGAAGAAGUCCCGAAGAGUUUGUAUUGUCUUGGUAUUCGGUUGUCAACUGAAUGGUACAAGAACUCAAAUUUACAAAGAAAACUCAGAGAGAGAAGGGAAGCAGCUAUAAAACUCAAAGAUAACAAUCUCUAUCAUUUUUGUGUCUUUUCUGACAACAUUCUUGCAACUUCAGUUGUGGUAAAUUCGACAGCUUUGAGUUCCCAAAAUCCCAAUAAGGUAGUCUUCCACCUUGUGACCGACGAGGUGAAUUAUGCUGCAAUGAAGGCCUGGUUUGCCAUGAACAAUUUUAAGGGAGUGACUGUUGAUGUUCAAAAGAUUGAAGAGUUUACCUGGUUGAAUGCUUCUUAUGUUCCUGUUCUUAAACAGCUUCAAGACUCUGACACCCGGAAUUACUAUUUUUCUGGUAGCACUGGUGACAGCCGGACGCCAAUUAAAUUCAGGAACCCUAAAUAUCUAUCCAUGCUUAACCACCUAAGGUUCUAUAUUCCAGAAGUAUAUCCCGAAUUGAAGAAGGUGGUAUUUCUUGAUGAUGAUGUUAUAGUUCAGAAAGACCUGUCAGGCCUAUUCUCUAUAGAUCUAAAUGGAAACGUAAAUGGCGCAGUUGAGACAUGCAUGGAGACGUUUCACAGAUAUCACAAGUACUUGAAUUACUCACACCCUCUUAUUCGUGAACAUUUCGAUCCUGAUGCAUGUGGGUGGGCAUUUGGAAUGAAUGUUUUUGAUUUGGUCGAGUGGAGGAAAAGGAAUGUUACUGGCAUCUACCACUAUUGGCAAGAAAAGAACGUAGACCGGACAUUGUGGAAACUUGGCACCCUCCCACCGGGAUUACUGACUUUCUACGGAUUGACAGAACCAUUGAAUCCCACAUGGCAUGUGUUAGGUUUAGGGUAUACAAAUGUUGAUCCUCAGGUGAUAGAGAAGGGAGCCGUACUACAUUAUAAUGGGAACUCGAAACCAUGGCUGAAGAUCGGGAUGGAAAAAUACAAGCCCCUCUGGGAUAAAUAUGUUGAUUAUAGUCAUCCUCUACUUCAACAAUGCAAUGUUCAUUAAUUUCAGCAUGGUUGGCUCUUACUUUUAGACUGAAUCUUGAAAUGCAGGAACAUUUUCGAGUAAACUAUGUGACGUAGCAGGGUAAGUGUUGUAACUAAUGGUAUAUGAUUGUUCUAAUUUCUAGUUGUGAUAUAAUCUUUAACAUGUAGUCCAGCAUUGAAUUUAUCCUAGUUUUGUUAACAAAACAUUGUACCACAAAUUAUGAUAGCUUGGGAUCACUUUGGUCGAUGAUUGGAAAUUCUAUCUUCUGGUUACUCAUUCAA